AGAAGAGAAAAUCUUCCCAUUCGCUAGUAGUAUUGAAACUUUAAGUAAAAAUCUUGAUAGUAUAAUGAUUAAGGAGAAUGAAAAGCUCAAAAUUUUAAAUUUGAGAUUAGCAAAACAAGUCAAGCUACAAAGUGAUUUCCGUGCUAUUAGCACACUUGAUAUUAAUCGUACUCUUGAUGACAAAUUUGUAAGAGAUAUAAAGGAUUUAAUCCAUUGUCCAAAAUAUGAGAGUGCCGAUAGGAUCUUUAUGGUCUUAUCUGACUUGAAGCGCGAAGAAGUGGUUUUUGAAAUAGCACGUUCAUACCUUAACAAAAACAUGAAACCUUGUCAUAAUGAACUCCAAAUUCUCGCGAUUCGUUGGUUGACCGCAAUUGGCGUCGUUGUAGCGAAUUUCGAUAAAAAUGUCUCAUUCAUGCAAACUACAGAUAGUAUGCAGCAGGCAGCUGAGGCCUUGAAGGAUUUGAUAGAAAAACAAGAACAAACUUUCUUGAGUAAAGAAAUUUUGCGUCUUAAACGGGAGAUUGGCAAUAUUGAUACGGCGGAAAAUGUCUUUCAAGAAAUACAGGAUAUACUUGAAGAACGUGAAAAAAUAUUAAAUGGUCAAAUCGGAAAUAUGAUUAUUAUCCAAGGUCGAAGGUACCUUAUGUCUUAGGGGCAAAGUGAGGUAGUUAAUUGAAUUUGACUUAGAGAAAUUAUGUAUAAUUUUACAGAUCUGGUAAUUUACAGUAAAAUCUAUUGGCAUAUUACCAAAUAAUUUUUCAGUUCCACAAUCAAUAUAUGUAAAUUUGGGGCAAA